AUGGUCUCCACCAGACCCAAAAACAAACUCCGAGGCAUACCCCAAGGCACAGAGAUCGAUCUUACCGGAGAAAGCCCCACACCACCGAAACCCAAAGCUUCGAAAAAAACCCCACGUCGGAAACCACUCCCAAUGGAAACCACACCAACCCCUUCAUCCAAAACCCUGCCGCAAGCCGAGAGCCCCUCGCCGGUGGAUGAAAAUGUCAUCGAGCAACUCACGGCGGAGAUAGACAUCCCCACACUCGGCAUUGGCGACCAGCAUGCAACUGAAGGAGAAGGCAAGGCUACCCCGAAAAUGGCGAAGAAAGGCGAGGAAGAGCCAUCUAAGAAGAAGCAGACCCCCACCGCUCCGAAGAGGAAGAAGCUGGCGGCCGAGAAAUCGACCACGCCGGCCGAAGAAUCAUCCAAUGAGAGGGUUCAGUGA